GGUUUUUUUCAGGACUGUUUGUCUCUGACUGUAGGCUAUAGCAAAGCACAAAUUAGGCUUAAAAAUAUCUCUUUGGAAGGCUGCUAAGAGGCAGUAGCAGUUAUUUUUAAUGAACUUAAGUGAGUAGCUCUUCCUACCCUCAUGAAAGGAACAAGCUUUCUUCUUGAAGUAGAAGAGUACAAAGUAAUGUCUGGGCGAGGGAAGAAACUUACAGUGGCUAGCAAGCCUGAAGCUGCACCAAAGAAAGCAAAAUCAGCCAUGGCUGGUCUGCAGUUCCCUGUGGGUCGAGUCUUCAGGCUCCUGAAGAGAGGCCACUACUCUGACAGGAUCAGCCCCGGUUCUGCAGUCUACAUGGCUGCAGUGCUGGAAUACCUGACUGCGGAGAUCCUGGAGCUGGCAGGAAAUGCUGCACGGGAAAACAAGAAGACCAGGAUCCUGCCCCGACACAUCCAGCUGGCUGUGAGAAACGAUGAUGAGCUGAGCAAGCUCUUCUCCUGUGUGACCAUUGCUGAAGGAGGGGUUAUGCCAAAUAUCCUCCCUCAGCUCCUUCCCAAGAAAACUUCCAAAAAUACUGGUGUGCCUAAGGAACAAACUGGUAGCCAGUGAAACUUGCUUUUUCUGGUCUGAUCUGUGCACUUUUGAAUAAUGGGACUCAGCACUAAUUUGUUUAAUUCUUUGUAAUUUUUUUCCACUGUUUUUAAUGCAUUUUUAAAGAUUGUAAUAAAAAUUUCCAGAAAGCAACACUGUUCUCCUUUCUUUCCACAGCUUCAUUUCCACAGAAAUGUGAUUGCCUUAUUUUCUUGGUCUAGCAUACAGCCCAAGUAACUCUUUAAAAUUGCUUGUUUACUUCUAUAAUGUGUUUUCAGGUAAAGGUUGUAGAGCAGGCAGAGGAAUCAAGACAUGUUCAUGUGAACAUUUAUCGUGGCCUCAGUGCGGUUAGUUUAGCACCUCACAGGUUAAUUCUUCUUUACGAGUUGAUUACCCUUUGCUUUAAUGCUUUACUGCUUGGAGAGCUGCAGUGAGCUAUCUCUCAUAGGAGGCUAAACUUUUCUCCUCCUUGCUCUACUGGCUACCUGGUGACUAUUUAAACCUUGUGCUGUUGGUGGAGGUGAUUCUCUUGCUUCUUUCUAUUGGUGCAGAAUAACAAGUAUAUUCUCCUCUAAACAAACUCCUAGGCCUUUUCUAACUAACUCACUGAAAGUGAAAGCUUUCCCUUGAGAAGAUUCCUAGGCUUCUCACUCUGUAGUGGAUAUUGAGGUUUGCUAUUGAGUGGGGAAACAAGAUCUGGUGCAAGCGUAUUAGGAUCAGUC